AUGGCCUCGGUAGUCGCAGAGUGGCAGCUCCUGCUCAAGCAGACUGUCGAGGAGUCCUUGCGCGAGGCUCUGCCGGAAGAGCUGCACAAAGCUAUUUCACCGGUAUUGGCGACAUUGCGGCAGGAGUUGCAGACCCAGACCCCAACGGUUUCACCGACAGGACCGACUGGGGCUAUGGUUCCAUCUCCUGGGGGCACGACGCCCAAGAUGCGCCGAAAGCUUAGCCGAAGGCUUAGCAACCUGGAUAGCCUGUCUGCGGACGUGACGAAUCUGGGUCGGCGCAGCAGCUUACUCUUGCCUCCCAAGAAUGCCGAGAUGGCCGAGCCCAAGAGAACAAGACUUCCGCGGGCACGAACAGAUUCGAUGGAAAACUGGGGUGCCGACUCGGAGACGAUGCCUGUGGGACCGUUGCAGGUGCCGACCACAGCGGAGAGCAAAGAGGAACCUGCGAAUGAUUUGCUCUUACCGCCCCCAAAGAGUCCCAGGAGUGCCAGUCCCAGGAGCGGGAGAAGCGAGAACGAGAGUUGCGAUGCAGAGGCGGUGGUCCCAUUGCAAAGCAUUGCAAUCUUUCCGGAGGCUCGCGCAGGUACCAAGCCCCAGCCAGUGCCUGUUUGGCGCAAGGCCCUGCGCCUUGUUCUGGAGCGAUUGGAGCAUCUGUCGGCCGGGAAGCCUCCUCCUCAGACCGACCAGGUGAGGAUUCUCUUGAAGAACCCGAAGCAUGGUGCUGCCGUGGAGAUUCCAGGGCGACCAGGCCGGCGGAGCGCAGUGGUGCUCUUCGAAUCGGAGGUGGAGCGGCUUCUGGAAAGGGACCGCCACAUUUGCGAACGGCUCUGGCCCUUCUCGAAUCCAAGUGGCCGUCCGCGACAGUACUGGGAGAUCUUCGCCUGCGCGCUGCAUUUGAUGCAGCUUCUCUACCUCUGCUUCCAGAUCUCAUUCAUCACCACAUCGGACUACGAGAAUCAAAACUACAUGGAGCUUAAGCUGGCCUUGCUUGUCGUGGACUUCUUUUGGAUCAUGGACCUGAUGCUGACCUUCAGCACCGGGUACCAGGAUGACAUGCGGGUGCUUCACAGCCAUGCUUGCUCUAACCCCCGCCGCUACCUGCAGUCCCUGUUCUUCUUGGACCUCUUGGCAACAAUGCCUGGACUUAUCCUGCAUGUGCACCUGGUGGUUGACCCUGGCACGUACGGUCUCUGGCCGCUGAGGCUGCUGAGCAUGACCUCAGUGGUGCGGUCCGUGCGGUUUCGGCACACCUACACCUUGCUGCAUCGCCUUGAAGCCAACAUGAAGUCCUCGCUGAUAUCUUCGGCAUGGUGGCUUUUCCAGCUCUUUAUGCUUCCCAUCGUCUUCUCGCACCUCUCCGCCUGUGCCUUGUGGUCUCUGGGCCACAGCAACCUCGCAGCCGACGCUGAAGCCUCCAGCUGGAUCAAGUUGGGCUUGGAGAUCUCCGACGAACCUGGGGCGCUGCAAGCCGUACCUUUAGGAGAACGCUACACGACUGCAAUGUACUUUGCGAUCACGGUUAUGUCCACUGUGGGCUUGGGAGACAUUAGUAUGAGAUUGCCGAAUGAAAGGGCCUUGCUCUGUGCCAUCAUGGCCACUACAAGCUUGGUCGUAGGCAUUGCUGUGAACGGCAUCUCGACGAUGGUGACCAGGCUCAGUGAAAAGACAGCCGCAAACAUGGAGCAGCUGGCGCAGGUCGCACGGUUUUUGAAGGUCUACAGAGUUCCUGAAAAUCUGCAGUCCGGAGUUCAUGACUACCUCUUGCAAGCCUUCGAGAAUCGGGAACGAGAAGAAACCAAGUCACGGCUCAUGGGCUGGUUGAAGAAAUCGGAAGUCCUUCGGGUGAAGGUAAACCUGGCUUUGACGGGAACUUGCUUGACGCAGCACCGGUGGCUGAAACUCCUUCCCACUGAAGUCUUGGCAAAUGUCUGUGACAUCUGUGACACGGAGUUUCAUCCUCCUGGGCAGGAGCUCAUUACACAAGGAGCUAUGGUUAAGAGCUGUUUUUACAUCCGAAGCGGCUCGCUAAAUGCACGGCAAGUUCGUUCCACCGAGCGAUCAUCAUCUCUCAAGGUGUCUGAAGCAUGGUCAGCUAUGCCGGAUGACGAGAGCGAGGACACCGAGAUUCAAAAGGAAAUCGAGAGCGCUGAUGCUGCUCGUCCAGAAGAAAGGUUGGAGUGCGGAACGUUCAUCGGCGACUUCCGGCUCUUCUUGGGGAUCAGUCGAAGUUUGAGGAUGGUGAACUGUCUGUCCUUCUGCGAGCUCAUUUCCAUUGAUGUGCAGAAGUUCCAGUCCUUGAUGAGAGAAGCGUUGCCUGAGCUCUUUGAUAUGCUUGUGAUCUACUCGGCAAUUGACCAUGACUGUCCCAAAGCCAUGCUCCACUGCCUGAAGGAGCAGGGCAUUUCGCAGGAGAUGUCUUUGCUUUUCGGGGAAGGCGUUCUUCACCACUGUGCCAAGGUGAAUGCAGCAGCCUGUGCCGAGCACUUGAUCCAGCACCUUGGGGCAGAUGCCACCUUGCUAACAGAGCAAGAAGGGCAAACGCCGGCGCAGCUCGCCGCUGAGUUGAAGCACAAGGAGACCUUUUGGGCCAUGAUGCAGUGUGCGGGGAGCAGCAGGAGCGUGACAGAUGCCGACGUGUUGCCUCAAGACGCCCGCUCCGUCCGCCCAAAGCGCCGACAAACGCUGACAUGGACGGAGGAUCACAGGGAACCAUACACACUGGCCAGGGUCCAGGAGCUUUUCGACAGUUGCAAAAGCCAAGGCAGCAUCUUCGGAGGCUUUGGUCGAGAUGGCCGAAAAGGUUUGGAGGAUUUGGUGAGUGAGCUGAACACCUGUCAGAGUGAUCUUGUGAUCUUGAAGCAAAGUCUCCUGCGGCGGGUGAGGUUGGUCAGGCUUCGAGUGCUGGCCAGCAUCGAUGACAGCUUUUCUGUGCUGGUGGAGCUGCAGUCGGAUGCUUGGCUGAAGGCACAGGACCAGAAGAUUGGAAAACUACCACAGCGGCGUCUACACCGUCAGGAGACGGUGCAGGAGGCCACAGAGACCCUCAUGCAGGAGUUGGGCGUUUCAAUUUCAGACUUGGAGGCGAAGUUGGUGGUUCCUUUGGCACGGACUUGCCAUGUCGAGACCAGGAUGUCAAUGUCUUAUCCCGGUUUGGAGACCGAGUACACCAUUUACGAGUCCACGUGGAAGGUCCGAGCACAAGCCGUGCAGAAGGCCAGAGAGAUUGGACUGCCGAAGGGCAGGCCUUUCACGAGAGAGUUUUGUGCUCAUUCCUUCCGCAUGGUCAGCAGACAGUUCAUCUGGGCCGUCCUUUUUGACUUCCAAGUGCGGGCGAAUCCUGACACACCGACGGAGAGCUUCAGGGUGCAAAUGCAGGAUGAGGAGUUGGGGAACGAGUCAGGCAGCUGGGGAGUCAACCCACUCAGGCUACUGCUGUGGAGAUCGCAUCCCGACUAA